CGGAUUCCCUAAUUUUGUACCAUUUUGCAAAUACCACUGUAAGCUCAUCGAUAUCAACCGUACCGCUCGUUUACGAUGCCAGGUUGCUUCCGUAAUAAUGUGAUCAAAUCAGAAAAUUUCGACAGCGCGAACACGGAAAAGCUGUCAAUCCAGCUUUCUUGAACUAGAUUUAGAGUGAAACGGAUGGAGAGCUGCUCAAGUGACCCACUACCUACUUGCCCACCGUGUAUUAGUCAACAAAAUUGAGCUUGUCGAGGGGUUUCGAGAGGAGAAGUAGGACGAAAUAGCUGGUUUCGGGAGACAUACGACAUGUCCCGAUAUCAUGAAAGCAGUACAGGUUCGGACGAUGAUCCACUAGGGCAACCCAAACAAGCGCACCCCUCCGAAGCAUGCAGUGAAGAAGAUGACGACGAACUCUCGAUCCGUGAGGAUUCAGGGGAUGAUGGUGAUGACGACGAAGAACCCGAAUUCCUUAGCGACGACAGCGACCAGAACGAUCAGUACCCUCUGAGUGACGAAGAUUGCUUUUCUAGCGAUUCGUCAGUAAACGGCGAGGACGAUGAUAUGGAUGACAAUAAGGAUGCAUAUGCGGAGGAGGAAGACAUGAGCUUCUGUGCAUCGCUAUGCACAAGUCCCACUGUUAUUGCCGAGGAUGGAUCAGAUUCCGGGACUCGGGAUAUCGUUGUUGAGGCCGUCAGGAGGAUGUCCCUUGGCAUAGGAUUAACACCAAAGAGCAUUCAGAUGGGGACAUUGGGCGAAGAAAUUGUGGUUGAUCCGAUUUCUCGGAGCCUGUUUGAGGAUGGUGAGGAUGUACUUUACUUUCCGAAGCCGAACGAACGAGUGGGGCCACUACAUAAAAGCCUUCGCAAAGUCCUCAAGUGGAAGAUAGGAUCUUUUACACCCAAUGUCGUGCGUUAUGCGGUUUCCAGAGCGAAUUUUACACUCCUCAGGAAAGGAAAGCGGUGGAUAGGCAGUUGGGGCAAGCACUUCAGCUCCAAGAAGUUCAGACUGGUCCACCCGUGGCAGAAGGUCAAUCAUUUCCCUCGGAGCUUUGAGAUUGGGCGGAAGGAUAAGCUGCUCAUGAACUAUCAACGUCUGAGAAGAGCAUGCGAAGCGCAGAGCUUCGACUACUUGCCUGAGACGUAUAUUCUGCCCCGGCAGCGAGGCUCUCUGGAGAACGCCUUCGCCUCGCAUCCUCUGUGGAUUAUGAAGCCGCCAGCGUCUGCCCGGGGGCAAGGAAUCCGCGUGGUAAAAGACUUUGCUAAGGUGCCCCGAAAGAAACCCUUAGUUGUGUCGAGAUACAUCAUGCGGCCGUACCUCAUCGGGGGCCGCAAGUUCGAUAUUCGCUUGUAUGUCGCGGUCACAAGCUUUGAGCCUUUGCGCAUAUAUCUGUACCAAGAUGGUGUGGUGCGAUUUGCUUCGGAAAAGUACACGACGCAAAAGAGCUGCAUUCGCAACCGUUUCAUACAUCUGACAAAUUACAGCGUCGCAAAGCGACGAAGAAAGAGCGGGGCCAGCCUUGAAGAUCAUCGUCAUGGGACCUGUGUCAACGACUAUCUUCUCGGCGACACGCGGUUUCCUGCCAAAGCGUGUAAAUGGUCAUUCAAAGAUCUUCAAGAAUACUUCCGGCGGAUUGGAGUUGACUUUGCUCUCGUGUACGAGCAAAUCAAUGAUCUAAUAGUCAAAACAAUCAUCACUGGUCAUGCCGCGAACGUAUCAGGGAUGAGACUCUGCACGAGAAGUAGAGCGAGCUGCUUUGAGGUGUUUGGGUUUGAUGUUCUUCUAGACUCGCGGCUGAAGCCAUGGCUCAUGGAAGUCAACAUUUCGCCAUCACUGAAAGCGUCCAACGAGAUGGAUUUCGGCAUCAAGCUCGGCAUGGUGACAGAUCUCCUCAACCUCGUCGGCGUCCGGCUUCGCGAUAUCCGCGCCUGCAGAGAUUCUGCAAAAGACGAGAAACGACGAGAUGAAGGGCCUUUCGGUUCUUUCACAGCCGAGAAAGCCCGUCACAAGUCUUUCGUGAAUGCCAAGCCUUCUGAUUAUCUGACGGACAUGACUGCUGAGGAUCUGAAGAUUCUGAAGGAGGUAGAGGAUGAGUACACACGUCGAGGCGAUUUCGAGCGCCUGUUUCCGUCCCCAACCUCGUCGCAAUACGAUCGCUACUUCGAUGUUGUCCCAUACUUUGACCGACUUGUACAUCACUGGCUGAAUCAACCGGAUCUAUCAGAAGAUCCCGAUGCGCGAGUUGCAAAACUGCGCUGUCUCGUUCCGACACAGGACUCGGCAUGCUCCUUACCGAACCUAUCAAGGUCUGCAAGCUCUUCGUUGAGCGGUUUCCUGCCUUCGAGGUCGGCGUCGCCGGCUUCAACACGAUCGUCGACGUCAGGAUCUUCCACGUCGUUAGCAUUCGACAGAGCGGGCCGAGCAUCUUCUUCUUCUUCCGCAGGCGGCAGGAGCUCAGCAUCUCUCGCUGCAAAAAACAGUGGCCCGCGCGCCUCCUCAUAUUCGUCUCUGCAGCGGCGGGCAAUAAGCAACAUUAUGCUAUCUUCCAGGCCACUGAACAAUGAGCUUGCGGCGAGCAUGCGAAUGGCGUCCUCUGGACGGAUCUGUAGCAGCAGUGGCGGCUACAUGUCAGUGCGAUCUAUGAGGGUCGCACAAUCGCAAAUGCUGCCGCCUCGACCUCAAAGCUGCGGAGUUCAGACCGUUACGUACACUUCUCCGGCCGCAGCCACCGAUGGCAACCCCUAUGGCACCGCUGCCCAGUCUGUAACGGUCUUGAAAGUUCGGCACCUAUCACUCGCGGCUGGUCCAGCGGGGAAGGACGUCCGGAUGAUGGAUCUGAAACAGUUUCGUGGCUCGACAGGGGAUCUUCCCGCCUGGUCCGCUUCAGGGAAUCCUUCAGUACGGGCAAGCAAAAAGGAUACGGACAGGCGUAGAGAGUAGUAGGUGCCUAUCCUAGAGAGACCGUCUGCCUAUCCUAUAUACCUUCAAUUCUUAUUUCUUCAUCUAGACCCGUGUUGUUCUGAAUGAAGGUGUUCAGAAGCCGUUUAUCUACACUUCAGAUGCGUCUGUCUCCAUGCUCAUAACAGCAAGGUGGAAAGAGUGAUAUGCCUCAGCAUCACGAUGAGUGACAAAGAACGAAGAGUCGUAUAGAUUCACACUCAGAUUGAAUGAUAUGCGACAAUGUUUGUUACAGAUGGGAUGAUAUACACGCUGGGAUCUCUUGAA